AUGGACAAGCUGCUACACCAGCGGGGCAGCACUCCAACGGAGGAAACAGGGACAGGACAUAAGCAGCUGGGGCGAUAUGUGCAGUUGGGCGUGCUGGGCAGCGGCACGUAUGGCCUGGUGAUCCGUGCACGCGACACUGGCGACCCAGAUGCGCAGGAUGUGGCCAUCAAGCUGCUGCCGCGCGGCGGCUUUGUGAAGGAGUACCGUCGGUACGUGAUGCGCGAGGUGAUGCACCACGGCGGCCUCAAGCACCCCUUCAUCGUCGACCUCAAGGAGGUCUUCCUCACCCCAGAGUACCUGGCCAUCGUGAUGGAGUAUGCGCAGGGGGGCAACCUGCACCGCUUCCUGCGCGAGCGCUGCCUGCACAACCGGCUGACGGAGGACCAGGCGCGGUGGAUCUUCCAGCAAAUGAUCGUGGGCCUGGACUUCUGCCACAGGAUGGGCGUGGCCAACCGCGACCUGAAGCUGGAGAACCUGCUGCUGGACCAGGACCAGUCCAGCGGCAACCCGCUGCUCAAAAUAUGCGACUUUGGCUACUCCAAGCACGACCUCAGCAGCACCGCCAACACGCGGCUGGGCACGCCCGUGUACAUGGCGCCCGAGGUCAUCUUCAUAAACUCCAAAUACGACGCCAAGAAGGCAGACGUGUGGAGCUGCGGCAUCAUCCUGUAUGCCAUGGUGUACGGCUACUACCCCUUCAACCCCGCCGACCCCAAGCUGCCCCAGAAGAUGACGGAGGGCAGCAUCGCCUACCCGCCUGGGGUCCCCGUCUCGCACGAGUGCAAGGACAUGAUCCAGGGCGUGCUGAACCCCAACCCCGAGAAGCGGGUGGGGCUCGACGAUAUCUUCCAGCACGCCUGGUUCGUCAAGGACCUGCCGCCGGGAGCGCUGGGCAUGAAUGACUGGUACAUGGACAAUGCGGAUAGUCUGCAGGACCGGUUAGAGCUGGUGCAGACCAUAGUGGAGACGGCGUCAGCGGCAGGGCACGAGGGGGAGCCCAUGCUGCAGUGUUUCUUCUGA